CGCCCAGAAGCAAGAAGGCGAACCGUUUACUUGGGACCGAAAGCAAGAAGCGAGAGAGCCGAGAGGAGCCACGAUAAUACUCUGUCAUCAUUCCAACGGACAAUCUGCCACUCUCCAGACAGGAGAGGCGGCGGGAAGUUUGCAGUGGACACCCAAAAGCCUUUCCUGCAAGAAAAUUAAAGAAAGCAGCGCGCGGGCGGCCCGAGCCUCGGCGGCGGCGGCGGCGGCGGCGGCGGCAGCGGCGGCGCUGACACCUCCCACCAUGGACAGCUUCGACUUAGCCCUGCUCCAGGAAUGGGACCUCGAGUCGCUGUGGGGUGAAGACAUCUUAAGCCAGAGGAGUGAUUCUCUAGUGGUGGAAUUUCAGUCAUCAGCCAGCAGAUGCAGGAGUGUCUAUGAGCCCGAUAGGAAUGCGUUACGGAGGAAGGAACGAGAAAGAAGAAAUCAGGAAGCUCAGCAGGAUGGUGGCACAUUUCAUUCCAGUUACUCUCUCUUCAGCGAGCCCUACAAGACUAACAAGGGGGAUGAGCUGUCCAACCGGAUCCAGAACACUUUAGGCAAUUAUGAUGAAAUGAAAGACUUUUUAACCGAUAGAUCCAAUCAGAGUCACCUCGUUGGCGUCCCCAAACCAGGGGUUCCUCAGGCUCCUGUGAACAAGAUCGAUGAACAUUUUGUUGCAGAUUCAAGAGCCCAGACCCAGCCCUCCUCUGUCUGUAGCACUGCAUCAUCCACACCAGCCGCUGUCCCUGUGCAGCAGAGCAAGAGAGGCACCAUGGGCUGGCAGAAGGCUGGGCACCCACCGUCUGAGGGCCAACAGCGGGCAGCACAACAGGGCUCUCUGAGGACCCUGCUUGGAGACGGUGUGGGCAGACAGCAGCCACGGGCCAAGCAAGUGUGCGGCGUGGAGUUGGCACUACAGACCCAGGAGAGGCCUGCUGCCAUGGCAGCCAAGCAUGGCGGCGGUGGGCACUGUGUUCAAAACUUCCCUCCUUCCCUGGCCUCAAAGCCCAGCCUGCUUCAGCAGAAGCCAACUGCGUACGUGCGACCGAUGGAUGGCCAAGACCAGGCUCCCGAUGAGUCCCCGAAGCUUAAGUCGUCGACAGAAGCUGGCGUGCAUGGCACAAGCUACAGGGGUGUCCCAGCCAGCAAGCCAGAGUCAGCCCGAGCCAAAGCCAAGCUCUCCAAGUUCAGCGUCCCCAAGCAAGGAGAGGAGAGUCGAUCUGGAGAAAGCAACAGCUGUGUCGAAGAAAUAAUCCGGGAGAUGACCUGGCUUCCACCGCUUUCUGCUGUUCAAGCACCCGGCAAAGUGGAGCCAAGCAAAUUUCCAUUUCCAAAUAAGGACUCUCAGCUUGUAUCCUCUGGACACAAUAAUCCAAAGAAAGGUGAUGCUGAGCCGGAGAGUCCAGACAAUGGCACGUCGAAUACAUCAAUGCUGGAAGAUGACCUUAAGCUAAGUAGCGAUGAAGAAGAGAGUGAGCAGCAGGCAACCCAGAGAACAGCUCUCCGCGCUCUGCCUGACAGCGCUGUGGUCCAGCAGACCAACUGCAGAACCUCCGUGCCUUCCAGCAAGGGCAGCAGCAGCGGCAGCAGCAGCAGCAGCAGCGGCUCCUCCAGCGACUCCGAGAGCAGCUCGGGAUCCGACUCGGAGACAGAGAGCAGCUCCAGCGAGGGCGAGGGCGAGGGGAGCAAGCCCCCGCACUUCUCCAGCCCCGAGGCCGAACCGGCAUCCUCUAACAAGUGGCAGCUGGACAAAUGGCUCAACAAAGUGAAUCCCCACAAGCCUCCUAUUCUGAUCCAAAAUGAAAACCACGGGCCAGAGAGCAAUCAGUACUACACCCCGGUGAAAGAUGAAGCGCAGGACUGCGGGAAGCUUCCCGACCUUUGCCAGACCGGCCUGCGGGAGAAGGAGCUCAAGAGUGCCUGCAAGGAGGAGCAGCGGCCGAGGACAGCGAACAAGGCCCCGGGCAGCAAAGGGGUGAAGCAGAAGUCCCCGCCCGCGGCCGUGGCCGUGGCCGUGACCGCCGCCGCCCCGCCGCCCCCAGUGCCCGGCGCCCCGGCAGAAAGCGCGCCUGCGCCCGCCCGGAGGUCCGCAGGCAAGAAGCCCACCAGGCGCACCGAGAGGACCUCGGCUGGGGACGGUGCCAACUGCCACCGGCCCGAGGAGCCCGCGGCCGCGGACGCGCUAGGGGCCGGCGCGGUGGUGCCCCCGGAGCCCGCCAAAAGCAGGCCCUGCGCCAACAGCAGAACGAGCCACCGCAAGGAGCUGCGCUCCUCGGUGACCUGCGAGAAGCGGCGCACGCGGGGUCUGAGCAGGAUCGUCCCCAAGUCCAAGGAAUUUAUCGAGACAGAGUCGUCAUCCUCCUCCUCCUCCUCGGACUCGGACCUGGAGUCAGAGCAGGAGGAGUACCCUCUGUCCAAAGGCCAGACCGCGGCCACCGCCUCCUCUGGGAGUGACCAGAGACUCAAGGAGGCGGCCAACAGCACCAGCAGUGGGAGCGGCCCGCGCGCCCCCGUAGGCUCCAUCAACGCCCGGACCACCAGCGACAUCGCCAAGGAGCUGGAGGAGCAGUUCUACACGCUGGUGCCCUUCGGCAGGAACGAACUUCUCUCCCCCCUGAAGGACAGCGAUGAGGUCAGAUCGCUCUGGGUCAAAAUUGACCUGACCCUCUUGUCCAGGAUCCCAGAACACCUGCCCCAGGAGCCCGGAGUCUUGAGCGCUCCUACGGCCAAAGACGCGGAAAGCGCUCCGCCCAGCCACGCUUUGGACACGCCCACCGAAAAGGCUUUGCCAAAAUCCAAGAGGAAACGCAAGUGUGACAAUGAAGAUGACUACAGGGAGAUGAAGAAGGUCCCGGGAGAGAAAGAGGGCUCUGUGCGACUGGCCACCUCCACCAACAGCACUCUGUCUGCAAACCACUGCAGCGCGAGCAUCAACAGCUUGGCCAUACCAAUAAAUAAAAAUGAAAAAAUGCUCCGGUCGCCCAUCUCACCUCUCUCUGAUGCAUCUAAACACAAAUAUUCCAGCGAGGACUUGACUUCUUCCGGCCGAUCUCAUGGCAACGCUGUGUUCACUUCUGCCUCUUCCAACAAAAAGCCUAAGGCCACCGACAGCCAACUGCAGUCACAUGCCGGAGACCUCACGAAAGCAGCUCACAACAGCGCCGAGAACGGUCUGCUCCACGGCAAAGCCCGGCCACAAGCAGAGCCCUGGUCUCCAGGCUCCAGCGGCCACAGAGACUGCAAGAGGCAGAAACUGGUCUUCGAUGACAUGCCUCGCAGUGCAGAUUAUUUUAUGCAAGAAGCUAAACGGAUGAAGCAUAAAGCAGAUGCAAUGGUGGAAAAGUUCGGAAAGGCUCUGAACUAUGCCGAGGCAGCCUUGUCGUUCAUCGAGUGUGGAAACGCAAUGGAGCAAGGCCCGAUGGAGUCCAAGUCUCCUUACACCAUGUACUCAGAGACAGUGGAGCUCAUCAGAUAUGCUAUGAGACUAAAAACCCACUCAGGGCCCAAUGCCACACCAGAGGACAAACAACUAGCUGCAUUAUGUUACCGAUGCCUGGCUCUCCUGUACUGGCGGAUGUUUCGGCUCAAAAGGGACCACGCCGUCAAGUAUUCCAAAGCACUUAUUGACUAUUUCAAGAAUUCAUCGAAAGCUGCCCAAGCCCCGUCUCCGUGGGGGGCCAGUGGAAAGAGCGCUGGAACCCCGUCCCCCAUGUCUCCCAACCCCUCUCCCACCAGCUCCGUGGGCUCUCAGGGCAGCCUCUCCGGUACCAACGCCCUGUCCCCAUCGACCAUCGUCAGCAUCCCGCAGCGCAUACACCAGAUGGCGGCCAACCACGUCAGCAUCACCAACAGCAUCCUCCACAGCUACGACUACUGGGAGAUGGCGGACAACCUGGCCAAAGAAAACAGAGAGUUCUUCAAUGACCUGGAUCUGCUCAUGGGGCCUGUCACCCUGCACAGCAGCAUGGAGCACCUGGUCCAGUACUCGCAGCAGGGCCUGCACUGGCUGCGGAACAGCGCCCACCUGCCGUAGGGACCACUUCCUGGAGCCCGGUCGCACUCUCAUCUCCACGGACAGCUCCGUGUUUCUGGACACUGUGCUACUCAAAUUCCCAGCCACAGCAUUUAUCAAGCUGCGACGAACACUUCCUCCACAUCAGACAACGACCUUUUCCCAGGGCCUGUGUGUUUGUACGUAUAGGUGUGUAAGAAGCUGCCUGUGUACACAAGAUACACAGCUCUUCAGAAUGCAUAUUCUUGGUCUGGUUUGCAUAAUCCCAGGCUAGACAGCGAGAUCAGAAAUUCGUUAGAGGAAACACCACACACACGCAAAUACACACACACACAUACACACACAUAUACACACAAUCGCACACACUUUCUUUCCAAUGCUAAACCAUGACUUCUCAGAAAGUUCAACCAAAACCUCAUGGGUUAGUUCACCAGGUGCAAUACAGCACACCAAAAGCUUAACUGCCAGUUAAGAUGAACCUGACUCUUAUAUUAUUGAUUACUUUCAGUAUUAAUAUUCCAUUCCCCGAUUAUUUUUGAUUGGUGUGUAUUAAUGGGUGAUUGAAUAAUGAAAAUAAGUCAGUUAUUUUUGUGCCAGAAGUUUACUAGAUUGCAUGUUACUGAAUCCCCUGCCCUUCCUCUGAUACCCCGUCAACAUUAUUAUGAACUGAACGCAUCUGUAAGAGAAUGGAUCGACUCACACAAGCCUGCCCUGACCCGCCCCCCAUGUAUGUCGGCAGCACUGGGAUUCAGUGAAAACUCAGUGUCUUUGAAACCCACACACACGAGAGCAGCACCUCUGUGCUCUGGAGCCGGGUUGGGAUUGAAAUGUGCACAAGCCCUCCAGGCACCUGUAUUUCUUCUUCCUGCCACUGUGACUUGGUGGCUGCCACUGUGACUUGGUGGCUUUUGUCAGCCAAUACAUUUCAAGCCUUUUCUUUCCAUGGUAGCCAAAUGGGGACAUGCCUAGAAGGUCCCCUCUCUAGGAUUCCAUCCGCUGCUUAUCAGACUGAGAGCUAUCUGCUGCCAUAACGCGCGGUCUGCGUCUCACUCUCCGUGCAGGAUGGGCCGCAUUUCCAUUUGGGGGAUAUUUUUCGAGCUUUGGUUAGCAAGCUGCUUCCGGUGCAAGGGAACUCCUUCCUGCAUCGAUAGCCAUUCUGUCUGCAGCAGCAAUGCCUAGAGCAUCUUGCUUGUGUCUGUGCGUCUAGUGUGUUUACCUCUCGCCCGUGGGUCUUCUUUUCUUUUUUCCUUUAAUUAAGUUUACAUUUUAGUUUUUUGACAUCUUGUUUACAGUUUUUUGUCUGAAUUUUGUUUCGUAGUGUUUUUGUCACAUCUUAGAUUUAAUCUUCUUCUUAAAUAUAUUUGGAUAUGCUGUACUGGUAAACAGAAAACGACUCCUGAGAGUUAGGGUCUAUCUUGCCACCCUUUAACCAAGAUGAUGCCCUUGAGGUCCUUUGCUGAGCAGAACUGCACCAGGACAGUCUGAGAAAGACGGGUGUUGCCAUCUGUGAAGCCAUCCCUUAUUCAAGGUGACGGUGGCGCAGACAUGCCGAGACCGACAUUCACUGAUACCUUUGCAGGUUCGGUUGCAGUGUUAACACUUCGUCAGCUUGGUCUUAAGUAGGUGAGAAAUAAGAUAGCUACACCUCCUGCUCUCCAAAAGGCUGAUGCAAAACUGGACAAGAGAUUGACCCGCUUGGGUGAUUUGAAUUAAUUAACAGUGAGCAAGUGAAGCGCCCGUGAAGUGUGCAUUUGACUUUGACCUUCAAGUACCUGAAAAUAGUAACAAUUCAGGUUGAGCAUCCCUCCUUCAAAAUGCAUGGGGCCAGAAACUUUUUAGAUAUCAUUUUUUUUUAAUAUUCACGUUCACACAAUGAGAUAUCUUGGGGAGGGGACCCAAGUUUAAACUGAGAUACAUUUAUGUUUCAUGUACAUCUCAGACACACAGCCUACAGGGGAUUUUAUACACAUUACCUGAAGGUGAUGUUUGUGGUACACCUGUGUUUGUUUUGUUUUCAUUUUUUUUUUUUUUUUUUUUUUAGUGGUAGGUGGACACAAUACCUAUUAUUUUUUUUAUUUUUAUGUGGUGCUGAGUAUUGAACCCAGGAUCUCACACGUGCUAGGCCAGCUACUCUACCACUGAGCCACAACCCAGCCCUACACUUGUGUUUUGACUGAGACCUGUCACAGGAGGUCAGUGUGAAGUUUUCCACUAUGACAUCCUACGGACGUUCGAAAAGUUUUAGGUUUUGGAGCAUUUUGGAUUGGGGAUUUUUAUAGGAGGGAUACUCAGCCUGCAUUUUCAUUUUACAUUUAAUUUACCCAAGUGAGGUAGUGAGCUUCUUAUAACCCUUCACUAAUUGUUGACAGAGUUCAUGAUCCAUCUUUGGUUGAAUCUUCUUUUUUUUUUUGAGACAGGGUCUUUCAUUUAGUUUCUUAGGGCCUCGCUAAGUUGCUGAGGUUGGCUUUGAAUUUGCAAUCCUCCUGCUUCAGCCUCCUGAGCCGCUGGGAUUAUAGAUGUGCACUACCAUUCCCAGCUGGAAAUUUUAAUCCAAAGAAAUC